AUGACUCGGGGCGCGACUGGCGCCGNCGUGAGUAAGCAGUUCCCGGGCCACGCGGGGCCGCGGGCGGGACUGGGCCUCGCUGCCGGCGUGAAAAUAAAUGGGAGCGGGGAGCGGGCCCUGCUUCGGUCCUGGGACAGAGACUUCCGAGGCGCUGUGAGGAGCCAUUUUCGCAACCAGUAUGACAAUGAUGUCACAGUUUGGAGCCCGCAGGGCCGAAUUCAUCAAAUAGAAUAUGCCAUGGAAGCUGUGAAACAAGGCUCAGCUACUGUGGGGCUGAAGUCGAAAACACACGCUGUCCUGGUGGCUCUCAAGAGAGCACAGUCUGAGCUGGCAGCUCAUCAGAAAAAAAUCCUGUAUGUUGACAACCAUAUUGGUAUCUCAAUUGCUGGACUUACUGCCGAUGCAAGACUCUUGUGCAAUUUCAUGCGUCAAGAAUGUUUGGAUUCUAGAUUUGUGUUUGAUAGACCUCUUCCAGUUUCUCGUCUAGUGUCACUAAUUGGAAGCAAAACCCAGAUUCCAACUCAGCGCUACGGCAGGAGGCCCUAUGGAGUAGGACUACUCAUCGCAGGCUAUGAUGAUAUGGGUCCUCACAUCUUCCAGACUUGUCCCUCUGCAAACUAUUUUGACUGCAAAGCAAUGUCCAUUGGUGCUCGUUCACAAUCAGCAAGAACUUACUUGGAGAGGCACAUGACUGAGUUCACUGACUGUAAUCUAAAUGAGCUAGUUAAACAUGGACUGCGAGCCCUGAGAGAGACUCUUCCUGCUGAACAGGAUCUGACCACCAAGAAUGUUUCCAUUGGAAUUGUGGGCAAAGACAUGGAGUUUACCAUCUAUGAUGAUGAUGAUGUAGCACCAUUCCUAGAAGGCCUUGAGGAGAGACCACAGAGAAAGCCGGUUCCGCCUGUUGAAGAAACCGUGGAGAAGGCAGAGGAGCCGAUGGAGCACUAGUUGGUGGAUGAGUUCCUCUGUUAAUGUAUAAUUACCCAGGAACAUUUAUCCAUUUGCUGGUAACUUUAUCUUCACCUAUAUAUGUUUUCUGAUGCUACAUUCUGAGGAUUGCUUGUAAAGAAGGAAACCAACCAACCCACCUAUCCUUAAAAGAUAGACAGGAGGACAUAUCUGGGUGUAACUGCUUGGACAAGAAAGGUGUAACCAUUUUCUAAAUAGUACAUGAUACUGUUUUAUAAAGAGAAGAUACUGUCUUUAACGCAUAAGGACAAGUGGAAAUAAAUCACUUUCUCGGA